UCAAAAGAUGUCUGCCCCUUUUAAUUUCAAAACAAUGAAAAACAGCUGAUAAAAACAAACAAUUUUCAAUAAAAGUAAACGCAUUUAAAUCAUGUCGUUUCACGAAGGUGACAUAAAUUCUACGAAUGAUGAGAGAAAACGGCUUUUAUCCGUUCAAGCAGAGGGGGAAUAUGAUGAAGUGAUAAUUGUGCAUCAAAAAAAGACAGGAUCAUCAUGGUACUCGUCGGUGUUUCUGGUUGUAAAUGCUGCCCUUGGUGCCGGACUUCUCAACUUUCCAGAGGCAUAUCACGAAGCAGGGGGAGUAAUUGUGGCCAUAGUCGUACAAGCUAUAUUUCUGGUGUUCAUUGUAGCAGCCAUUAUGAUCUUGGCAUAUUGCUCAGACAUGAAAGGUGCUGCCACCUAUCAGGAUGUUGUGAGUACAGUGUGCGGAAAGAAUGCUCAGCGGGCCAGUGCCAUGUUCCUAACGACAUACUGUUUCGGGACCUGUAUAACCUUCUUAAUUAUCAUAGGUGACCAGUGGGAAGAAUUUUUUCUGUUUGUUGCGAAGGAUUUUUACUGCCAGCAUCAUCCAUGGUAUAUGAAUAGAGCAUCUACAAUAGUUAUAACAUCAUUUCUCCUGAUUCUACCUCUAUGUUUUCCUAAACGCAUUGACUUUCUGAAAUACGCAAGUUUUGUGGGAGUGAUAGGCAUUCUUUAUGUUGUCGCCUUAGUAACAAUAAAAUACUUCCUACCACAUGAUCCGCCUGGACCAAUCAAAACCAAACCAGACGCAUGGAUGGAUGUUUUUCAUGUUGUACCAACCAUAUGUUUUGCUUAUCAGUGUCACGUCAGCAUUAUACCCAUAUACUCCUGCAUGGAACCUAGAAAUCUGAAACAAUUCUCUAAAACCGUGUCAGUGGCGAUGUUUUUGUGUGUAGCCACAUAUACAGGGACUGCAGCGUUCGGAUAUCUGACCUUUGGGGACCUAAUAACAACUGAUAUAUUGUUAUCAUAUGACCCUGACCCUGCUGUGAUAAUUGCAGUGAUAUUGAUAGCUGUUAAAACAUACACAACAUAUCCAAUAUUGCUGUUCUGUGGAAGGGCUGCAUUUGAAUGUUUAUGGACAGAUUUGCGUGGAUUAUCUCCAGAAGUGAUCGUGAGUCAAGAAGGAAGAAGGCGUAAAAUAACAACAGUUAUCUGGUUUAUAGCGACGCUAGCAUUGGCUGUGUUUAUACCUAACAUAGGCAUAGUAAUAGAGAUUCUAGGAGCUUUUGCUGCUGUGUUCAUAUUUAUUUUCCCAGGAAUGUGUAUGCUGGUUGCGACACUUGCACAGGUUCAGAAUACAGGACAAUGGACUGGUCGCAGAAAAUUCUUUGUUGCAUUCUCAUGUUGUUUUAUAACUUUGGGUACAUUUAUCUUUGGUCUGACACUAGCCCAGUCUAUAAUGAAUUUCACAAAUGGAGGAAUAAAAGCAGAUAAGUCUAAAUACACCUGUUGACCUUUACUGUAUGAAAAAAGGGACUUUUUUAAAUUAAUUUUUUGAAAAUAAGUAUUGUUGCUUACACAGAAAGGAAGGAAAUCUGGUCUGAUAGAGCUUAACUCAGGAUGGUAUUGUCAAAAGCUAAUGACACAUUUUGUGACUUUUUUGCAGUAAUUUGAAUAUGUUGCAAUAAUCACCUGAUUUGGGCUCACAAUGGACAAAGAUCGAGAUCAAAUUUUUUUCUGAAGUUGCGCAUAUUUUAUACCUAAAGGUGUAAAAAAAAUGAAAAAAUAGACCUUUUUUCAAUUUUUUCCCAAGAUUUUUCAUGACUAGACUAGUUUUUCUAAAAUACUGUAUUUGAGCUUUGAAGAAUUCAAAAUUUAUGAUCCAUAUUUUAUCAAUAAUCCUUAAUUUGAUCCAAAUAUUUAUAUUUGGAAAGCAUGUUUUUUGUUCCUUAAUUUUAUCUCAAGGCCCUCAUAAAGAAAUGGACAUUUUCUAACAUUUGUAAAAUAUAUUCUUAUGUAAGUGUCGGAUCCUUUUAUCAACUGUGACAAUACAUUCAUAACAUAGAAAUGAAAACAAAAAACAGAAUCAGUUGUUGCGCUUUGUUAACACAUGCCGUUGAUUCAUAUUAAUGCUUAAAAUUGUAUAUAAAAUAGUCUUAUUUUCUUUAAUGGUACAUUAAUCAGGAAAAUGAUUGAAUUCUUUGAAUGUUAAAAUAGUAUGAUAGUUUUUAGUAAGUGGUCAUUGAUCAAAAGGUGAAAACAAUAAAAAAAAUUAAGAGAUGCACUAUAAAGAGUUAAUUCUUCCUUUUGUUUAAUCGGAUACAAUCUAAACAUACAUGAAUAAAGGUUGUAGAGGGCAAAAGCAGAUGUCAGUAUUAGAUUUUAAUUUCCUUAAUUUUAGUAUCAUUUUAUUUACUUUGCUCCAUUUAUGCAAAUAUUUACUUUUUUUCUUGUGAACUGAUUUUUCAUUUUAUGUUGUGUAAAAAGUGACACUUUUUAGUCCCCUACCGGUUUAACCGGAGGGGACUUUAGGUUUACCCUCCGUCCGUCUGUCCGUCCGUCUGUCAGUCCGUCCGUCCACAAAACUGGAUCCCGCGAUAACGCAAAAAGUACUGAAAAUAUUUUUAUGAAACUUGAUAUAUGGAUAGAUGGCAGUAUGGAGAUUAUGCACUCUUUUUUUUUCUUCCUAUGUUGAAAAUUCUGGUUGCUAUGGCAACAAAUAGUCUGAAAAUAUGGCAAAUUUAACACAUAAACUGGAUCCAGUGAUAACUCUAAAAGUACUGAAAAUAUUUUUAUGAAACUUGAAAUAUGGGUAGAUGGCAGUCUGGAGAUUAUGCACAUCUUUUUCUUUUCUUCUUAUGUUGAAAAUUCUGGUUGCUAUGGCAACAAAUAGCCUGAAUUUCAAGAUUUCUGAUUUAAAUUUUUCAGCUUUUUCACUAUAUGUUCUUUAUUUCUUAAGGUGUUUACUUCAAACUUUAAACAUAAGUUUCUGGUCAUCAACCACAUCAUAUGUGACAAGGUUUAUAACUCUAGCACAAAAAAUAUCAGUAUUACCUCCCUUGAACUUAGAUUUUUUAGGGGAAAAAAUGUUGUCUUUUUUAAAUAACUUCUUUAUUUCCUAAUGUAUCUACUUCAAACUUCAUAUAUAUGUUUCUUAUUAUCACUCGACAUUUUUGAGAAGGUUAAAUACUCUAGCAAGACUAUUUCCAGAAUUAUGUCCCCCUUGAACUUAGAUUUUUUUCGAGAAACUGGUAUUUUCACUCCAACUUCUUUAAUCCUUAUAGGAUUUACUUUAAAAUCCCACAUCGUAAUAAUAUGACAAGGUUGUAUAAACAUAAUUUCCUUACUAAGCAUGGAAACUUAACACAUUACUGUGAUAUAGACAAACUUAUUUUAUUAUGUUUUGUGGUCGAUAUUUUCAAAUACAGACUUCAUCCUCAAAUUCAUUAUAAAUGGCAAUACACAGGAGUGUAUGACAAUUAAAGAACUUUUUGAGGGACCGGUAGGGGACUACUGUAUUGCCCGCAAUACUAUCAAAUGCUUGUUCAUU